CCAUUUCGACGGUGACAUUCCACUCAAAAUAACCCGAGUAAAAUAUACACCAAAGGCAAGAUACACACGGCAUUGGCUCGGCUUUUAUAAUUUUUAUCAGUCAUUUCUCAUGAAAAUCCAAACAGAAGUGCUGCCUGCUGGGAAGGGUGAGUAAGGAGCGGAGAGUUCAGUGCGCUGGAAAAAAGGUGCUCCAUGGGUUUAGUCGGAAUUCGGCAUUGUGUGAACGGCACACAAGCGUCGCGCGGCGACACGCACGUAGCGGUGCGCCGGCGGCGGAGCUGACACCAAGACAUUCCGGAGAAUCCUCGGAAACCAAAAAAAGGGCAACACACUGAUGAAGGAACUGAAUUCGUCAAUGUGAUUACCUUCGAAGAUAGCGGACCAUUCCCUCCCAAACUAUUGGGGGCUUCUGAAUAGGAUCGCAAAGUGGCCAAACAAUGGAAAACAGAGAGUGUGUUUGUGUGUGUCUUUGCGUUUUGCCGCUCGUGGAGUAGGACUGGUGGUUUUUAAUAGAAGCCGCUGCUGAUCGCGGUGGGCAGGACGCGGCGGAGCGCGCGAUGACACCAGACGGAGAGAGCGACGGCGCGACAAGAAUCAGGACACAAUAGGACGUGAUAGUGUGCACGCGGAGAGGUACUGCCCCAGAUCCGUGACAUCCCCGUGGUUCGGUGGUUCAGUGACUCUUUAUUUAUCGUUGGUUUGUAAUCGCACACCCGCCAAGACGGGCUGUUCCAACCACCAUUCAUAUCCGUGCGUAAAUGGAGUGUUUGUCAGUGCGUGUGGAGGAUUCCUGCGUUUGUUUUGCAUAUACGUUCGUCGCGAGCGGCUCCCUCUCUGGCCCUUGACCUUUUACGCACUAGAUGUAGACAAUCCAAGACUUCCUUUUACGUCCAUAUCUGCCAUGAGGCUGCGGUGGUGAUGGCGACGCCAACGGAGCCUGACGCACGCAAAGAAAAAGGGUCCCGGGCACCGGAACGCAACGGCUACGUGAAAGCACGUGCGACUCCGAUUCCCCUGUGCAGCGACCCACGGGAUCACGACGCACCGUGGUGGAAGCUGGCCACGCUCACCGACCGAGUCUGGAGUUCCCGUCCACUCCGGUGCGCGGUGUGUGUGGGAUCCCUCUCGGUUGUUUUCGCUCUGCUGCUCGUUCAACGUGCAGACCGGAGCUCUGAGGUCAGCAGUGGCAGCAGCCUACUCUCUGCGUCGUCUCCCGUUCAGUUGGCGUCAGACAGCGCAGCGGAGCUGUUGCAAACUUGCUGGAGCGCGGUGGUCUCGCCAGUGCUGAGCCUCACGUGUGCCUUCUUCUGGGUGGGUUUGUACUCGAUUCGCUGCGGAGUGCUCAUUCCGGCCGCCCUUUUCCUUUUAACAGUUUGCCACCUGGCCGAAACGGCGGCGCGGUCUCUCUUGUGGCCCGGGACCGAUGAGCAGCAGCUGUUUUCAUCCACUUCCACAGCCUCCAACGCGGUCGUGCUCCUCGCCUGCCUGGCCGCCGGUGCACUCAUGGUAGCGCGGCUGAACCAGGGAAUCUCAGUGGUCGUGUGCGUCAGCGUGGUCCGGACUAUCUCCCUCAUCUCCCUGCACAAGGUACGCGCCACUUGGAGACCCUACGUGGCCUACCUGGUCGGCGUGCUGGGCAUCCUACUGGCGAGGUAUGCUGACAAGCUCCUGCAGAACCCAGCAAGGAUACAUAAGGAGGGCUGUACCCCCGUGAGCGGAGCGAGGGGAGAGAUCCCUGCGUUUAAAAGGCGAAGGAGGUCCAGUGGUUCUGUGAUCAUAUCGUCAGACAUGGCGCACAGUCAGCCCAACAGCAGCAAGUCACACCGGAGGACCUCUCUGCCCUGCCUCCAGCGGGACCAGAUGUUGCCCCACUCAGAAUGGGACCACAAGAGAGGCUCCAGAGGCUCCCAGGUCGGUGCCAUCUCAGUGUUCACCUUCAUUUACAUCACAGUGUGUCAUAGUCCCAUGGCACACAACACACACUCACCCAAUUGUGUAGUAAUCGUCUUGUCUGGGACCACAACCAUGUCACUAUUAUAUCGAUGCAUCUCCCAGCUCCAGGUUUUACUCAUUGUUCACAGCUGUGGGCGGCCCUACAUCAGGUUGAGUGUUGGAGAGGGCUCCAUAGAGAAAGGAGACAGAACGCCGCGGCCAGAGGACUCAGUGUUGGUGUCGUCGGACUACGAGAGCACCCACGAGGGGAACCACAGCGACGGCAGCGACGCCGCGCACACGGAGGACGACGCGGAGGAGGGCAGAGGCUCCUCCCAGAGUCUCCUGCUCCACCCACUCAUCCCCCCCGAGGACAAACCUAUGCUGGCCCCCAUGCCGUUGUUGAUGGACGAUCUGGAGCCCCUGAUGAGCCAGUUAAACAACUGGAACUUCCCCAUCUUUAACCUGAUGGAGAAAACCAAUGGGAAGUGUGGACGAAUCCUCAGUCAGGUUGCUUAUCGGCUUUUCGAAGACACCGGCUUAUUCGCAACUUUUAAGAUUCCGGUGCAAGAAUUCAUGAACUACUUCCAUGCCCUUGAAAACGGCUACAGAGACAUACCAUAUCAUAACAGAAUCCAUGCCACAGACGUGCUCCAUGCAGUCUGGUACCUCACCACGCAGGCAGUACCCGGGCUACCCAGCCUCAUCAACCACGACCACGGCUCCACCAGUGACUCAGACUCUGACAGCGGGAUAACUCACAGCCACAUGGGCUACCUGGUGUCCAAGACGUACACGGUGUCGGAGGACGGCUACGGCUGUCUGUCGGGCCUCAUCCCCGCCCUGGAGCUCAUGGCGCUCUACGUGGCCGCCGCCAUGCACGACUACGACCACCCGGGGAGGACCAACGCCUUCCUGGUGGCCACCAGCGCCCCGCAGGCGGUGCUGUACAACGACCGCUCGGUGCUGGAGAACCACCACGCAGCCUCCGCCUGGAACCUCUUCAUGUCCCGCAGCGAGUACAACUUCCUGGCCAACCUCGACCACGUGGAGUUCAAGCGCUUCCGCUUCCUGGUCAUCGAGGCCAUCCUGGCCACCGACCUCAAGAAGCACUUUGACUUCCUGGCUGAGUUCAAUGCCAAGGUGGGGGACCAACAGUCGGCCGGUAUUGACUGGUCCAACGAGAACGACCGGUUACUGGUGUGUCAGAUGUGCAUCAAACUCGCUGACAUCAACGGGCCCCUGAAAUGCAAGGACCUGCACCUCCAGUGGACCGAGGGCAUCGUCAACGAGUUCUACGAACAGGGGGACGAGGAGUCCAGCCUGGGCCUUCCAACCAGCCCCUUCAUGGACCGCUCGGCCCCCCAGCUGGCCAAGCUCCAGGAGUCCUUCAUCACCCACAUCGUGGGCCCGCUCUGCAACUCCUACAACUCGGCCUGCCUCAUCCCCGGCCACUGGGUGGAGGCGGAGCUAGGGUGCGAGGGGGCGGAGCCGGCGGAGAACGAGGAAGAGGUGGAUGAGGAGGAGGAGGAGGAGGAGGAGGAGGAGGAGGAUGAUACAGCUGAGGAGGAUGCGUCCAGCGGCUCCGAGGCCUCCCAGAAAAGUGCUCAGAAGAAACGGAGGAAAGUGUUCUGCCAGAUCACCCAGCACCUGAUGGAAAACCACGAGAUGUGGAAGAAGGUGACCGCCGAGGAGACCCAGAAGGCCCAGGCUCAAGGGGCUGAAUCCGGGCGUCACGGCAAUGCGACCGAGCCAAUCCUAGCCAUCCAUGAAGAGGAGGAGGAGCCAGGGAGCAAAGAGGAGCUUGUGGAGGGGGAGGAGCCAGAGGAGGGGCCAGAGGAGGCGCCAGAAGAGGCGCCAGAGGUUGCCGUCGGUGCGGAGGAUGAAGAUACACAACAAUAGCCACAGUCGA